AUGGCUGUCGAACUCAAGAACAAGGGAAACAAGGCCUUUCAAGCGGGAGAUUAUCCCAGUGCCGUAGACUUUUACAGCCAGGCUAUUAAGUUGAACGACAAGGAGCCUACAUUCUUCACCAACCGAGCCCAAGCAUACAUCAAAACCGAGGCCUACGGUUAUGCCAUUGCCGACGCUACAAAGGCUAUCGAGCUCAACCCCAAACUUGUCAAGGCGUACUACCGACGAGGACUGGCCAAGACUGCGAUCCUCCGACCUAAGGAGGCCAUUGACGACUUCAAGACAUGUGUGUCUCUCGAUCCCAGCAACAAAGAUGCCAGACUCAAGCUGGAGGAGUGCAAAAAGAUCGUCCGUCAGCUGGCCUUCUUUGCGGCAAUCGAGGUCGGCGAUGAGCCUUCUGCGGCUGAGGGUCUUGAUCUGGACUCCAUGGUGGUUGAGCCAGGAUAUGAUGGUGUGCGAUUAGGCGACGAGAUGACACAAGAGUUCAUCGAUGAUAUGAUUGAACGUUUCAAGACGGGCAAGAAGAUCCACCGGAAAUACGUCUACCAAAUCAUCAUCGCGGUCAAGAAGCUCGUAUACGACGAGCCCACCAUGGUUGAGGUCGAGAUUCCCAGCGACGUGAAGCUCACUGUCUGUGGUGACACUCACGGUCAAUACUUCGAUCUUAUGGAGUUGUUCCGCCGUAACGGAACCCCCGACGAGAAGCACUGGUAUCUUUUCAACGGUGAUUUCGUGGAUCGAGGUUCUUGGUCGACUGAGAUCGCUCUGCUCCUCUAUGCUUACAAGUGGCUGCGACCUAACCAGUUCUUCUUGAACCGUGGUAACCACGAAACGGAUGACAUGAACCGUGUGUACGGUUUCGAGGGCGAGUGCAAGGCCAAGUAUAACGAGCGGGUCUUCAAGCUGUUCUCUGAGAGCUUCUCUGCUCUUGCUCUGGCCACUCUCAUCGGCAAGAAGUACCUUGUCCUUCACGGAGGUCUUUUCUCUGAUGACAGCGUCACUCUUGACGAUAUCCGAAAACUCAACCGACACAACCAGCGACAACCCGGUCAAGCUGGUUUGAUGAUGGAGAUGCUCUGGACCGACCCCCAGGAGGAGAACGGCCGAGGACCCAGCAAGCGUGGUGUCGGUAUGCAGUUCGGUCCCGACAUCACCAAGAAGUUCUGUGAGAAGAACGGUCUUGAGGCUGUUAUUCGAAGUCACGAGGUUCGCAUGGACGGUUAUGAGGUGCAGCACGAUGGCCGCUGUAUUACCGUCUUCUCUGCCCCUCGAUACUGUGACUCAACAGAAAACAAGGGUGCCUACAUCAACAUUGGCCCCGACUACAAACUCCAGUACGAGCAAUUUGAUGCCGUGCCUCAUCCCGACAUCAAGCCUAUGGCAUAUGCGCAAAGCUCUCUCAUGUCUUCUCUGAUGUAG